UUUAUCCUAAAUAUUAUUCUAGCAUAUCACAAUAAUAUUCUAGAAUAUCUCCAAUAAUAUUCUAGAAUAUCUCCAAUAGUUAUAAUACAGCAACUAAUGUUUGUCCAUGGACAUAUGCAUAUUGAGUUUUACCCGUAUGUUGAUUUGUUUUUUUAAAGUCUAUAGGAGUAACACAUUUUGAAUUUUGAAAUAGUUGUACGAAAAAAAAAGGGAAAGAGGUAUGGAAAGUGCAAAGCACAACGGUAACCUAAAAAGAAAAGGGGGAAGAGGGGAGUAGAAAUAAAGAGGGAUGACGGAGUAGACUAGUUAUGUGAAAGAAGGGGGAAAUUCAAAAUUAAAAAGGGGGCGCUCCUUUCUCUUGGCGAAAUUAGGGUUUGUGAGAUCAGAAGAUCAAUCCAAGGACCAAUCAAUUAGAUUCCUGAAAUGGACAAGUACGAGAAGUUAGAGAAGGUAGGAGAAGGAACCUACGGAAAGGUAUACAAGGCAAAGGAGAAAACGACGGGACAACUGGUGGCUCUGAAGAAGACGAGGCUUGAAAUGGAUGAAGAAGGAGUACCACCGACUGCUCUCAGAGAAGUUUCAUUGCUGCAGAUGCUGUCUCAAUCGCUGUAUGUUGUGAGAUUGCUGUGUGUUGAACAUGUUGACAAGAAGAACAGCAGCACUGGAAUUGCGAAGCCCUUGUUGUACCUGGUGUUCGAGUAUCUUGAUACCGAUCUUAAGAAAUUCAUCGAUUCUCAUCGCAAGGGUCCCAAUCCUCGUCCUCUUCCUCCUACUCAGGUUCAGAGCUUUCUCUUUCAACUUCUUAAGGGUGUUGCUCAUUGCCAUAGCCAUGGUGUUCUUCACAGAGAUCUUAAGCCUCAGAAUCUUCUUCUUGACAAAGAUAAGGGUAUUCUUAAGAUUGCUGAUCUUGGUCUUGGAAGGUCUUUUACUGUCCCUAUGAAGAGUUAUACACACGAGAUCGUCACCCUUUGGUAUCGAGCACCCGAGGUUUUGCUUGGUUCUACCCAUUACUCCACUGGCGUUGAUAUUUGGUCUGUUGGUUGCAUCUUUGCUGAAAUGGUGAGAAGGCAAGCUUUGUUUCCUGGUGAUUCAGAAUUUCAACAACUUUUACACAUCUUCAGGUUGUUGGGAACACCAACUGAGGAGCAGUGGCCUGGAGUAACUGCUUUGCGAGACUGGCAUGUGUAUCCACUGUGGGAAUCUCAGAAUCUUGCUCGAGCAGUUCCAUCAUUGGGGCCCGAUGGUGUUGAUCUCUUAUCUAAAAUGCUCAAAUAUGAUCCAGCUGAAAGGAUCUCGGCCAAGGCAGCACUGGAUCAUCCAUACUUUGAUAAUCUUGACAAGUCUCAAUUCUAGAAAUAGUAUAGGAUUUCACUGAAUAUAGGGACUUCUGUUGGUGUAAUAUUUCCAAUGUAUGAUCACUGUGGAAUGUAUCAUCUUCUUGGUGAUAUAAAUUCAUGAACUUGCUGAAAUGUUUGUGAGAACUCUGGUUUGUAUAAAGAUACAUGGUCCUAUAUUUGUCGGGGAUACUUCCACCUGAUGAAGAUAAGAAUUGUUGUUGCCUUUUUAAAAAUUAAACAAACAAAAAAUACUACAAUACUACAAAAAAUAGUAUAAUUUUGCCUUUU